UGCAAGGACAAGCUGAACACGCUGGCCGUGUCGGUGAUGAACCAGUGGCCCGGAGUGCGUCUGCGCGUCACCGAGGGCUGGGACGAGGAGGGUCACCACGCGGCGCGCUCGCUGCACUACGAGGGCCGGGCCGUCGACCUGACCACCAGCGACAAGGAGCGCUCCAAGUACGGCAUGCUGGCCAGGCUCGCCGUCGAGGCCGGCUUCGACUGGGUCUACUACGAGUCCAGGACGCAUAUCCACUGCUCCGUCAAAUCCGAGUCUUACGGAGCUGCGCGGUCUGGUGGCUGCUUCCACGGGAGCGACCGCGUUCAGACGAGGCAUGGUACCAAGAGCCUUUCCGAGCUGCUGCUUGGAGACGAAGUGAUGGCCCUGGCUUCGGACGGCGGGCUCGUUUUCACGGAGGUGAUCAGCUUCUUGGAUCGGGAUCCGAGCGCCGAAAGGCUCUUCUACCGCGUGGAGACAGAGUCCGGACGCACCGUCAGCUUCACGCCAGCGCAUCUGGUCUACUACACAGCGACCGCCGACGGAGUUCCCAGGCCUACGUUCGCCGCUCGCCUCGUACCUGGAGGCUACAUUCUGAGUGGAGGAAGUGCGGGCGCCGCUGUGGACGGCGGUGCUUCGUCGCUGCGUCUGGAACGCGUUCGAGACGUGACGGCGAAUGUGGCGACCGGUGUGUUCGCGCCGCUGACGCGCGAGGGCACGCUGCUCGUGAACGGGGUGGCGGCGUCGUGCUACGCCGCCGUCGAGGAUCAGGCGCUGGCGCACUGGGCCUUCCUCCCCGUCAGGCUGUGGGAGGACGUGAAAGACUCCGCGCUGUCUUUACUGCGCGCGACGGGUACCCUGGUCAGGCGGGCCGACGGCCGCCCCCAUGGACCACAGCAAAGCUCGCUCGUGGGCGUGCACUGGUACGCGGAACUGUUGUACGGAGUGUUCUACAGACUGCUUCCCAAGUCGUAUCUUCUGGACUGA